AUUUUAUAAUUAGAUGUAUUCAGCAACAUCAAAAAUUAGAGAAGCUUCUCAUGCAGGUAGUUGGUAUAUAGGAGAUGGUACAUUUAUUACAUUAAUCUUGAGGUAAAUAAUUAGAUGCAUAAUUAAAUGAAUUCUUAUCGAAAGCUAAAAGUGAAGUAAUACCAAACAUCAAAGCUAUUAUUGGACCGUAUAAAUUUUAUAUAUAAAUAGACAUGCUGGCUUUUCAUAUUCAGGACCUACAGCAGCCUUUGCAUAUUAACACUCACUAUAAAAGGAAAAGUAAUCUACUAUUAUAUUUAAAUCAUUCUAGAAUGAGAGUAUUUUUACUUGGACCUUGUCAUCAUACUUAUAUCAAAGGAAUUGGAUUGUCUGAAUUAGAAAUGUAUGAAACACCUUUUGGCAACAUAGAAUUAGAUUAACCAAGUAUUUACAUUAAAUGAUCUUUAAGCUAUAAAGUAAAUAAGUUAAGAAUUGAAAAAAAAUUUUGUGUUUACUAAUAAAGAUAUUGAAGAACAAGAGCAUAGUUUAGAAAUGCAUUUACCAUUCAUUUAUAAAGCAUUUCCAAAAUGUAAACUAAUUCCAAUUAUGGUUGGUGCAACUUCAGAGGAAUAAGAUGCUUAAGUGGCGAGUGUAUUAGUCAAAUAUUUUCUUGAUCCAAAUACAAUUUUUGUUAUUUCUUCUGAUUUUUGUCAUUGGGGGAAAAGGUUCAUAUAAUAUAUUAUUAAUUUAGAUUUCAAUAUACUCCUUAUAAUAAAGAGCAUGGUGAAAUUCAUUAAUCAAUUGCAAAUUUGGAUGCAUAAGCAAUUAAAUUAAUUGAAUCACAUAAUCUUAAAGGAUUUUAUGAAUAUUUAGAAAAAACAGAGAAUACUAUAUGUGGUAGACAUCCAAUCUGCGUUCUAUUGAAUGUAAUUAGUUUUUUUUUUUAUUUUAGAUAAUAAACCAAAGCAAGUUAUAAUUAAAAACAUAAUUAGCAAAAUAUAACCAAUCAAGUCAAGUGACAAAAUAAAAUGAUUCCUCAGUGAGUUAUGCAGCAUUAGUAACUAAUUUGUUAUGAUUUUAUAAUAACAC